GCGUGAUAACAAGCAAACGGUCUGCUAAUUAUAGUUGGAGACAUCCAACACACACACAUAAUAAUCUCUUCGCCGUGCCAAAUUCUCUGCUUAGAUAAAAAUGAACACAGAUGCCCGAAUGGGUGAGUAGUUUUGGAUGAGAAGUGAACGAAGCAGCAUGUCGUUUGAAUACAUCGAAAUAACGGAUCCACUGUACGUGGAGAACAAGGAGCAAACUGGAGAGGAGAACUACAUCAUGGUGCGUGCGAAACAGUACAAGGACGUACCAAUCAAGAUUCCGAACUGGGUGCCCCAAGCUCAUUGCUUUACUACGGAGUUUAAGCGGCACGAGAAGGAGCUACUCGAAGCGGAAGUGUAUCCAGAUGAUGUGUGGGUCAUUUCCUAUCCAAAGAGUGGAACAACCUGGAUCCAGGAGAUGGCUUGGUUGAUCUGCAACGAUCUUAACUUUGAAGCAGCCCGAGCGAAAAAAAUUAGCGCUCGCUUCCCUUUUCUGGAAAUUGGUUUACAGUCUGCUGCUUUACACUUCUCGUUCAAGGAUGUGAAAGAUAUGCCCCGUCCUCGCUUCAUCAAAUCGCACCUUCCAGUGUCGAUGCUGCCGAAGCGCUACUGGGAAGUCAAACCGAAAACCAUACACAUUCGGCGCAACCCAAAGUCGGUGGCCGUUUCCUACUUCUUUCACUCACAGGGCAUCCAUUACCGUGGUUCGAUGGAUACCUUUCUGCGAUCGUUUGUUCGUGAGCAUCAGUUUUACUCACCGUACCAUGCGCACGUGAUAGAGUACAAUGAGCUGCGCGAUUGUGACAAUAUACUCCAUGUCUCAUUUGAAGAGAUGAAGCGCUAUCUGCCAUCGGUUGUGAGGAGGGUUUGUCAGUUUUUUGGGAAGUCCUAUAGCAAACCGGAGCUGGAACUGCUGUACCAGCACCUUUCCUUCAAGUCGAUGCGUGACAAUCCAGCUGUCAAUUUUGAAAAUCCAAAAGGCCCAACCAAAGGGGAACCGUUUAUGCGGAAAGGCGAAGCGGACGGCUGGAAGAAGGAGCUGACACCCGAGCAGAUCCAUAUGCUUGACGAGUGGACCAAGGAAAGGGUGCCAAAUCCAGAGCACAGGAAAUUAUUUGAAUAACUGCUUGCAUAAGGAGGAUCAAACUGAUAGGCAAUAAAAAAAGAUAAAUAAAGCAAGGGCAAUCCUGUCCAUUCCUACAA